AUGGCUGCAAUAGACACUAUGGAUCCAGCUCAAGAGUACCUGGAGACUAUGCUGAGCCGUCACAAGAAGAUGGAUGAUCUGACAGAAAGAGGAGACUCAGCAGUACAGCAGUUCUAUCAAGAUGCUGUUGUGUUUGUGACUGGAGCCACUGGAUUCCUUGGGAAGCAGCUCAUUGAGAAGUUGAUCAGAUCAACAAAACUUUCCAAAGUGUAUGUGGUAUUAAGACCCAAGAAAGGCAACAGCGUUGAAGAAAGACUAAGUGAAUUAUUAAAAGAACCUGUAUUUGACAAACUAAGAAUACAGCAACCAGCAUUUGCAGAGAAGAUUGUCCCGGUUGCAGGUGAUGUCGGUGAACUUAACCUUGGUAUUAGUUAUCAGGAAUGGAACAUUAUGGCCGAUGAGGUCAAUGUAAUAUUCCAUUUAGCCGCUGCGACCAGAUUUGAUGCUUCCAUUCGAGAGUCAACAUUGAUCAACAUCCGUGGUACCAAAGAAGCUCUUCGGUUCGGCAAACAGUGCAAAAAUCUCAACUUGAUCGAAAACUGGCCAAACACGUACUGCUUCACAAAAGCUAUUGCUGAAGAAGCAGUGAGGGCUCUGAGUGGAGACCUCCCAAUCUGUGUGGUCAAACCUUCGAUAGGUUUAGGUCUAAUGCACACGUCGAUGACAAACGGAAAAGUUCACUUGGGCCUAAUACCAGUCGACUACGUCAACAAUACGAUCAUAGUCGCAGCAUGGGAGACUGCCAAGCAAAAAUCAACCAAAGACAAGAAACCUAAAGUCUACACUGUAGUAUCGACCACGAGAAGCCCAAAAAAGUGGAGUGAUCUCAGCAAGCUGUUAAAGGAAUUAACAGUAUGGAAGUAUCCAACACCAAUGUCCAUGGGAUAUAGCUUGUAUCUCCAGACGAGGAUUCCAUUCCUGUACUGGGUAUACUCCUGGCUGUUCCAUAUGAUUCCAGCUUACAUUGCUGAUGGGGUUUGCUCAGUUCUUGGGAGGCAGAAAAGAUUCGUGAAAUUAUACACAAAGAUGACAAGACUGAUGGUGGCUUUAUCAUACUUUACUCUCAACGACUGGCAUUUCGCGGACAACAAUACUGAAGCCUUAUAUGACAACCUUUCAGCAGCUGACAAAGAAAUUUUCAGUUUUGACAUCGACAGGCUUAACUGGACUGAAUUCAUGUCUUCAUUCGUUAUAGGAGUCAGACAGUAUAUCCUGAAAGAUGGCCUUGUUAAUACUAAGGUCAAGAACAAGCUACUGUCACCCGAAUGA